AUGGAUUUGAAAGACCGGAGGAACCGCUCCUUGACCAGGGGCCGCUGCUCCAAAGACCCCCACUACAACACCUCCUCCCUCGAUGCGGAGGAGUGCCGUGUGCCCACUCAGAAGUCGUACAGCUCCAGCGAGACCCUCAAGGCCUUCGACCACGAGCAGCGGCUGCACUACGGGGGCCGCGUGGCUGACCUGGUGCACCAUGAGGCAGAUGAAUACUCCAGACAAGCUGGCAACUUCACUCUGGCCGAGCUGGGGGUGUGCGAGACGCCGCCGCCUCCGCACCCUGCUGCCGUCCCCUACUGUCCUGACCUGGGCCUGCUCCAGAGGGGCUACUCCCUCAGCGCCGGCUCUGACGCCGACUCCGACCCCGAGGGGCCUCUGUCCCCGGAGAGGGCCAUCCAGCUGUGGGCCGGACGAGGGGAUGUGAAGUCCCGCCGCAGCUCCGGCGUGUCCAGCCGCGAGAACUCGGCCCUCACCCUCACCGACUCUGAUAAUGACAAGUCCGACGAUGAGUCAGUGUACCUUGAUGAUGAGGAGGAUGAAGAUCCAUUUGGUGACUAUGUGAUCAGUCGCCCCCUCCCUCCGACCUCCUCCUCCUCCCUGCUCCCUCCGUCUCUCCCGUCGUCCUCCUCCGCCCCCCACCACCCCUCACCUGGCCCGUCUCCGCCGAUCAGGGAGUGUCAGGUGCCGCUGCUGGAGAAAAACUCCGCGCCCCGCCCAGACGACUCAUACCUGCUCCGAGCCCAGCCCUCCACCGCGGGGGCGGCAAAUCACCACAGUCAGACGACGCUGCGACCCCCUCUGCCUCCUCCACACAACCCCCAGACCUUAUCCCACCACUCUGCCAAUAGCCUGAACAGAAACACCCUGAGGGGAGGGCGCAACCCCAUCCACGCCCCCGCCCCAGGCACCGGGGAUGGGCCAACCACCCCCGAGUCAGUCCAGCUCCAGGACAGCUGGGUGCUGAAUAGCAAUGUUCCACUGGAGACCAGGCACUUCCUGUUCAAGACAUCGUCAGGGACCACCCCUCUCUUCAGUAGCUCCUCUCCUGGAUACCCUCUCACCUCUGGAACGGUGUAUUCACCGCCCCCUCGCCUGCUCCCCAGAAACACCUUCUCCCGCUCAGCCUUCAAGCUCAAGAAGCCGUCCAAGUACUGCAGCUGGAAAUGUGCCGCAGUGACAGCCAUCACCGCUGCAGCCCUGCUGGCUGUUCUUCUGUCCUACUUCAUAGCUAUCAACCUGCUGGGUUUGACUUGGCAGCUGAAGCCAUCCGACGGCCCUGUGCUGAACAACGGAAUAGGAACCGGCCUGCCGGUCAACAGCGACGUAGCCACACUGCCCUCUGGCGGCCGAGUUAUCUUCCCCGCCCCAGGUCCGUGGCCAGGCCGCAACAGCAGCGUAGACACAGGUACUGUGGAGGUGGGACGGAGGGUGACCCAGGAGGUGCCACCAGGAGUAUUUUGGAGGUCCCUGCUCCACCUUAGCCAGCCUCAGUUCCUCAAGUUUAACAUCUCCCUGGGAAAGGAUGCCCUGUUUGGAGUCUACAUCCGCAAGGGCCUCCCCCCCUCACAUGCACAGUAUGAUUACAUGGAGCGUCUGGACGGGAAGGAGAAGUGGAGCGUGGUGGAGUCUCCGAGGGAGAGGAGGAGCAUCCAAACUGUGGUCCUCAAUGAGGCCGUGUUUGUUCAGUACCUGGACGCCGGUGCCUGGCACUUGGCCUUCUACAAUGAUGGCCGAGAGAGGGAGACCGUUUCCUUCAGCACCAACGUCAUGGACUCCGUGCAAGAGUGCCCGCGCAAUUGCCAUGGCAACGGAGAGUGCAUUUCUGGUGUGUGCCAUUGCUUCCCUGGUUUCCACGGCAUGGACUGCUCCAAAGCGGCAUGCCCGGUGCUGUGCAGUGGGAAUGGCCAAUACGAUAAGGGUUCCUGUAUCUGCUACAGCGGCUGGAAGGGGCCGGAGUGUGACGUUCCCAUCACCCAGUGCAUCGACCCUCUCUGCAGCGGCCACGGCACUUGCACAGACGGCAACUGCGUGUGCUCCAUCGGCUACAAAGGGCAGAGCUGCGCCGAGGUGGACUGCCUGGACCCGACAUGCUCCAACAAUGGUAUCUGUGUAAAUGGGGAGUGCCACUGUAAACCAGGCUGGGGUGGCCCUCACUGUGAGCUGCCCAGGGCUCAGUGCCCAGACCAGUGCCACGGCCACGGAGCCUUCAUACCCGACACUGGCCUGUGCAGCUGUGAUCCUAACUGGAUGGGACCCGACUGCGCUAUGGAGGUGUGCUCGGUGGACUGUGGAACCCAUGGGGUGUGUAUGGGCGGAGCAUGCCGCUGUGAGGAGGGCUGGACUGGCGCAGGCUGCGACCAGCGUGUGUGCAACCCACUCUGCAUCAAACAUGGAACCUGCAAGGACGGCAAGUGCCAGUGUCACCAGGGCUGGAACGGGGAGCAUUGCACCAUCGACCAUGGGAGCAUGGUUGACAAAGCAGAUGGCUGUCCUAACCUGUGUAAUGGGAACGGCCAGUGCACCAUGGGACAACAGAGUUGGCACUGCGAAUGUCAGACGGGCUGGAGGGGUCCUGGCUGCAGUGUUGCCAUGGAGACAUCCUGCGCUGACAACAAAGACAACGAAGGAGAUGGCCUGACAGACUGCAUGGACCCGGACUGCUGUAUCCAGAGUCCGUGUCAGAACAGCCUCCUCUGCCGAGGCUCCCGCGACCCUCUCCAGAUCAUCCAGCAGAGCCCACUGGCCCAGCCCCGGGUCCGCUCCUUCUACGACCGGGUCAAGAUGUUGGUGGGCCGGGACAGCACACACAUUAUCCCUGGAGAAAACCCGUUCAACUCGAGUCUGGCGUCUCUCAUCAGAGGUCAAGUGCUAACUACAGAUGGAACCCCUCUAGUCGGGGUGAAUGUGUCCUUCGUCAACUACCCCCACUAUGGAUACACACUCACACGGCAGGAUGGGACGUUUGACCUGAUUGCUAAUGGUGGAGCAUCACUGACCCUGCGGUUUGAGCGUGCUCCCUUCCUGAGCCAGGAGCGCACCGUGUGGCUGCCCUGGAGCCAGUUUUAUGCUAUGGACACCCUGGUGCUAAAGACAGAGGAAAACACCAUCCCCGGCUGUGACCUGAGUGGCUUCGUCAGACCCGACCCUCUGGUGGUGGCCUCCCCGCUCUCCUCCUUCUUCAGUUCCAAGCCAGGGGAGAAACCCAUCAUACCCGAGACACAGGUGCUGCAUGAGCAGAUCGAGGUGCCCAGCACCAGCCUGAAGCUGUGCUAUCUAAGCUCCAGGACGCAGGGUUACCGCUCCCUGCUCAAGGUGACCAUGACCCCUGCCGUGGUAUCCAUGGGCUUGCUCAAAGUCCACCUGAUGGUGGCUGUGGAGGGCCAUCUCUUCCAGAAGUGGUUCCAUGCUUCACCCAAUCUGGCCUACACCUACAUCUGGGACAAGACCGACGCAUACGGCCAAAGGGUCUAUGGGCUUUCAGAGGCUGUUGUGUCAGUGGGCUACGAGUACGAGUCUUGUGCCAGUCUCAUUCUGUGGGAGAAGAGGACAGCCAUCCUGCAAGGCUUCGAGUUGGACCCCACCAAUCUGGGAGGCUGGUCGCUUGACAAGCACCAUAUACUCAACACACGCAGUGGGAUCCUCCACAAAGGCAACGGCGAGAACAUCUUUGUGACAGAGCAGCCCCCGGUAAUAACCAGUGUCAUGGGGAAUGGGCGAAGACGCAGCAUCUCCUGCCCCAGCUGUAAUGGCCUGGCUGACGGCAACAAGCUGCUGGCGCCGGUCGCCCUGGCGUCGGGCGUCGACGGCAGCCUCUUUGUAGGGGACCUCAACUUUGUACGCAGAGUCUACCCAUCCAUGAACACCACCGGCAUCCUAGAAUUAAGAAACAAAGAUUUCAGACACAGCAACAACCCUACCCAUAAGUACUUCCUGGCUGUUGAUCCAGUAUCUGGGGCGCUGUUCAUCUCAGACACCAACUCGCGCCGUAUCUAUCGUGUUCGCUCGCUAACGGGUGGCCGGUUGCUGUCGGACAACGCAGAGGUGGUGGCUGGGACAGGAGAGCAGUGUCUGCCCUUCGACGAACGCUGUGGUGAUGGAGGCAAAGCCACCGAGGCGACACUCAUGAGUCCCAAAGGCAUUGCAGUGGAUAAGAAUGGGCUGAUGUAUUUUGUGGAUGCCACCAUGAUCCGUAAGGUGGACCAGAAUGGCAUCAUCUCCACUCUGCUGGGGGCCAACGAUCUGACUGCUGUGCGACCACUCAGCUGUGAUGCCAGCAUGGAUGUCAGCCAGGUGCGUUUGGAGUGGCCCACAGACUUAGCAGUGAACCCCAUGGACAACUCUCUGUAUGUGCUUGAGAACAACGUCAUCCUGCGCAUUACCGAGAACCACCAGGUGAGCAUCAUAGCGGGUCGGCCCAUGCACUGUCAAGUGCCAGGUAUCGACUACAGCCUCAGUAAGCUGGCCAUCCAUGCUGCCCUGGAGAGCGCCACAGCCAUCGCUCUCUCCCACACCGGCAUUCUCUACAUCGCAGAAACCGACGAGAAAAAGAUCAACCGCGUCAGACAGGUGAGCACCAACGGAGAAAUCUCCCUUCUGGCUGGUGCGGCUUCUGACUGCGAUUGCAAGAAUGAUGUCAACUGCAACUGUUUCUACGGUGAUGAUGGCUACGCCCCUGACGCCGGCCUCAACUCCCCCGCCUCCCUGGCUGUGUCCCCCGAUGGAACACUUUUCAUUGCAGAUCUCAACAACAUCCGCAUCAGAGCCGUGAGGGCCAAUCGACCAGGCCCGGCCAUCUCAGGGACGGGGCUAGCCGGGUCCGGGGCGGGGCAGUAUGAAGUUGCUUCACCGAGGGAACAGGAGCUGUAUGUCUUUAAUGGAGAGGGCCUUCACCUUCAGACAGUGAGCCUAGUGACUGGGGAGCCACUUUAUAACUUCAGCUAUGGUCCUGAUGGAGAGCUUGCUACACUGGUGGACAACUGCAAUAACACUGUAAAAGUGAGAAGAGAUGGCCUCAGCCAGGGCAGCGGGGCCGGUCUGCUCAGACUGGUGCUGCUACCAGAGAAUCAGGUGGUGACCUUGGGACUGGACCCUACUGGUGGGCUGCGCAGUGUCUCAGCCCUAGGCCAGGAGGUGGCUCUGCUGGCCUACAGCGGCAACACUGGUCUACUGGCCACCAAAGCUGAUGAGACUGGCUGGACGACCUUCUACCAAUAUGACAGCGAGGGCCGUCUGACCAAUGUGACAUACCCCACGGGCAUGGUGACCAGCCUGCACCGGGAGAUUGAACGUUCCAUCAACAUCGAUAUUGAGAGCUCCAGCAGGGACGAUGAUGUCACUGUCAUUACCAACCUGUCCUCUGUUGAAGCCUCAUACACUGUGGUGCAAGAUCAGGUGAGGAACAGCUACCAGCUAUGUAACAACGGGACGCUGAGGGUGAUGUAUGCCAACGGGAUGGGCAUCAGCUUCCACACAGAGCCUCACAUCCUAGCCGGCUCUGUUAGCCCUACAAUUGGUCGUAGGAACAUCACCCUGCCCACCGACAACGGCCUAAACUCCAUUGAGUGGCGGCUCCGUAAGGAGCAGACCAAGGGCAAGGUCACAGUGUUUGGCAGGAAGCUGAGGGCCCACGGGCGUAACCUCCUCUCCAUCGACUUUGACCGCAACACGCGCACAGAGAAGAUCUACGAUGACCACCGCAAGUUCACACUGCGCAUCAUGUAUGACGCACAGGGCCGGCCGGCCAUGUGGUUACCCAGCAGUAGCUUGGCAGUAGUCAAUGUGUCCUAUUCCCCCACUGGACAUCUGGUUGGGCUGCAGAGGGGUAGCAUGAGUGAGAGGACCGAGUUUGACCCCCAGGGACGCAUCCUGUCCCGCUCCUUUGUGGAUGGGAAGGUGUGGAGCUACAGCUACCUUGACAAAUCCAUGGUGCUGCUCCUGCAGAGCCAGAGACAGUACAUCUUUGAGUUUGAUGCCUCAGGUCGCGUCACAGCCGUCACCAUGCCCAGUGUGGCCCGUCACACCAUGUUUACGCAUGUGUCAGUCGGCUACAUCCGCAACACCUACAACCCACCAGAAAGCAACGCGUCCAUCAUCCACGACUUCAGUGAGGACGGUCGGCCGCAAGCCACUUAUUACCUGGGCACUGGCCGCCGUGUCCUCUACAAAUAUGGCAAGCUGGCCAAACUGGCAGAGAUUGUGUAUGACAGUACUGUCGUGACCUUCGGCUACGAUGAGACGGCCGGUGUGCUGAAGAUGGUUAACCUGCAGAGCGGGGGCUUCUCCUGCACCAUCCGCUACCGCAAAAUGGGCCCACUGAUUGACAAGCAGAUCUACCGCUUCAGUGAGGAGGGCAUGGUCAAUGCCAGGUUCGAUUACACCUACCAUGACAACAGCUUCCGCAUUGCCAGCAUGAAGCCGGUCAUUAGCGAGACGCCACUGCCUGUCGACCUCUACCGCUAUGAUGAGAUCUCUGGCAAGGUGGAACACUUUGGGAAGUUUGGGGUCAUCUACUAUGACAUCAAUCAGAUUAUCACCACAGCUGUCAUGACGCUGAGCAAGCACUUCGACACGCACGGUCGUAUCAAGGAGGUCCAGUAUGAGAUCUUCCGCUCGCUGAUGUACUGGAUGACGGUGCAGUAUGACAGCAUGGGACGGGUGGUGAAGAGAGAGCUGAAAAUUGGGCCCUAUGCCAACACUACUCAGUACCGCUAUGAGUAUGACGGUGACGGACAGCUCAGCGGCGUCAAGGUUAACGACUGGUCCACAUGGCGCUACAGCUAUGAUCUAAAUGGUAACCUUCAUCUGCUGAAUCCCGGGAACAGCGCCCGGCUCAUGCCGCUCCGCUACGACCUCAGAGACCGCAUCACGCGCCUGGGAGAUGUCCAGUACCGCCUGGAUGAGGACGGCGUCCUCAGCCAACGCGGCUCAGAUGUCUUUGAAUACAACUCCAAAGGCCAGCUGCUACGCGCCUACAACCGAGGGCCGGGUGGCUGGAGUGUCCAGUACCACUAUGAUGGGCUAGGCCGCAGGGUGUCCACGAGGAACAGUCUGGGACAGCAUCUUCAAUUCUUCUAUGCUGACCUCAACCACCCAGCUAGGGUCACACACAUCUUCAACCACUCCAGCUCUGACAUCUCUUCACUCUACUAUGACCUACAGGGUCACCUGUUUGCCAUGGAAGUGAGCAGUGGAGAGGAAUAUUACAUAGCCUCAGACAACACCGGCACACCGCUGGCUGUCUUCAGCAGCAACGGACAGAUGAUCAAACAGGUGCAGUACACAGCCUACGGGGAAGUAUACCUGGACUCUAACCCAGAGUUUCAGCUGGUGGUGGGAUUCCAUGGUGGCCUGUAUGACUCCUUGACCAAACUAGUCCACUUCACCCAGCGGGACUACGACGUGUUGGCCGGGCGCUGGACCUCGCCCGACUAUGCCAUCUGGCCCAAGAUAGGCAAAGAUCCCGCUCCGUUCAACCUGUACAUGUUCAAGAACAAUAACCCUCUCAGCGACAUGCUGGAUGUCAAGAACUAUGUAACAGAUGUGAAGAGCUGGCUGGUGAUGUUUGGCUUCCAGCUUAGUAACAUAAUCCCUGGGUUCCCCCGCCACACCCUGUACUUUGUAGAGCCACCAUAUGAACUGCAGGCCACCCAGCAUUGUGAGAAUGGACAGCUUAUCACUGGUGUGCAGCAGGCAGCAGAGCGCCACAACCAGGCCUUCAUGGCCCUGGAGGGACGUCUACUCAACAAGGAACGCCGUGGCCGCAAGGACAAGCCCGGCCACUGGUUUGGCACAAGUAUCCCUAUCAUAGGCCGUGGCGUGAUGCUGGCGCUAAAGGAGGAUCGUGUGGUGGCCGGAGUGUCAGCCAUGGCUAGUGAUGACAGCCGCAAAGUGGCUUUGGUGCUCAAUGGCGCCCUCUAUUUGGAUGGCACUCAUUACACCCAGGAUGGGAGGGACUGUCAUUUUUUUGUGAAAGUGGGCUCUGCAGACAGUGACCUUUUGGCACUGGGGCUCACUAACGGACGAAAGACACUGGAGAGUGGCAUCAAUGUGACAGUGAGUAGCCGGUCAAGGAGAGGGGCAACUGUGGAGUUUGCAGUUCCUUCGUUAGUGCUUAGCGUUCGCUAUGGGCUAGCAUUGGAUGUGGUGGAUGAGGAGAAGGUAAGACUGUUGGAACUGGCUAGGCAGAGGGCCCUGGCCGGGGCCUGGGCCAGAGAGCAGCAGAGAGCCAGGGACGGGAAGGAGGGCAGUCGUCUGUGGACGGAGGGAGAGAGACAGCAGCUCCUAACAACAGGUAGGGUGCAGGGCUACGAUGGCUACUAUGUAUUGCCAGUGGAGCAGUACCCAGAACUGGCUGACAGCAGCAACAACAUCCAGUUCCUCAGACAGAAUGAGAUGGGCAGGAGGUAACAGCCCAUCUUGACUUGUCUGAAGGGCA